AUGCAGUUAGACAGCUCAUUGCAGACAUGUUACAGACAGACAGACAGUCUGAACGAGGAAGAGAGAAACAGAGAGGAAGGGAGAGAACGAGGAAGAAAGAAACAGAGAGGAAGGGAGAAAAUGAGGAAGAAAGAAACAGAGAGGAAGAGAGAGAACGAGAAAGAGAGAAAAAGAGAGGAAGGACGAGAACGAGGAAGAAAGAAACAGAGAGGAAGGACGAGAACGAGGAAGAAAGAAACAGAGAGGAAGGGCGAGAACGAGGAAGAAAGAAACAGAGAGGAAGGGCGAGAACGAGGAAGAAAGAAACAGAGAGAAAGGGAGAGAACGAGGAAGAGAGAAACAGAGAGGAAGGGAGAGAAUGAGGAAGAAAGAAACAGAGAGGAAGGGAGAGAACGAGGAAGAGAGAAACAGAGAGGGAGGGAGAGAACGAGGAAGAAAGAAAAAGAAAGGAAGGGAGAGAAUGAGGAAGAAAGAAACAGAGAGGAAGGGAGAGAACGAGAGCGCAAGUGAGGCAGUGAGGGAGAGAGAAAGAGACAAAGGGAGUUAGAGUCAAGUCAUGCAGUUAGACAGCUCAUU